AUGAACACGUUUUUUUUUUACGAACCGAAUGCGACUGCGACUCGAUUUUCAAACAAGGAACGAUUCCGUUCGCAUCCCGCGACCAAGGCCCGCGUUCUCAACGACAACCAAAAUACAGGCGGGAUAAAGGCCGCUUGCGAUGUGGACUCUACCCAACAAAUACCUACGACUGCAAAGAUCCGUGUCGCUACACCUCAAUCCUCGGAUGAUUCAGUUGAGACCGACUCUGCUCCUGAGACAUGGGACGACUGUUUUGAUGAUGCGAAGCACAGUGACAGUGGUGACUCCCUGCGCAGUCUCUUUUCCGAUUUCGCGGAUGAGCUGGAAAUGUCCCUUGAGCACUUCCGAGACACAAGCACCUCUCAUGUUCCUCCCUGCGAAGUGACACCUGGUACCGCCGGCCCCGAGCCUUCACGCGAACCCCACGGCUCCGAAUAUUCAAAAACAGCUUUGGAGAGCUCUUUAGCUGUUGCCAGCGGCGGACAGUGUGCAGAACCUGAUGAUAAUGGUGCGCGACCACUUGCUGCAUCAAACUGUGAUCAGGCUAGCAGUUCUACUCGCCUUUUCAGUGAAUCCAUGUAUACCCCCGAACCUAGCUCCUAUGUUGUUGGGCCUUCGCGGGUUGAGAAAGGGACUCAAACGGAUCUACACGGAAUUAACGGUGCCGAUUUUCGGCGAGAUUCAUGCGAAGGUGUCGACCAAAUGGGGGUAACAGUCUGUGGGGAUCCAGAUACCAUUCACGAGUCAACUCAAGAACGCAGCUCUCUAGAGCGACAUGGUGAUGGUGCUGGGGGUACUUCUAUUGUUAACAACACUGCCAUGAAUAUCGCCAACUCGGACUAUAAUGAGGUAGUGGAAAGCCCGCAACUUUCUUUGCCCGCUCAUGUUGAAGAUCCUUCGGAUUUUCGUUCUUCUCAUCACGCCAUUUCUCAUUCCUCUAUCGAUGGGUCCCAGCAUAGUCAGUAUCUUCCGAUACAUGGUUUCUUCACGGUUCAUGAGCGCGAGGGUCAACUGGCGUACACGUUAUCAUUCUUUCCAUCAAGCAUCGGCUCUUCAUUGCAGUUGGCGGAUGAGAGAGCCCAUGCAUUACCGGCUCGAGGUGAAGGGACCGAACAAUACUCGAAUACCCCCGAACCGGCCGAUAACGACGACGAAGACGACUACCGGUCAGCACAGGAUCAUCCGCUUGGAGCCGAUCGACCUAGCUCGUUGUCGCCGGGAGACGGAAGCAGUCAACAGUGUCUUGUAGGUCAGAAAGGCGAUCAGUAUUCUCCCGAUGAAGAUGCUCUCCUACGCAAACUGAAGGGGAUGAAUAUGGCGUGGACAGAGAUCGCCAAAUCCUUUCCUGGCCGGUCGAAAGGUUCACUUCAGACUCGUUACUGCACAAAACUGAAACGUAAAGACAUCCUGGAUGAUGAUACAGAGAAGGGGCAACAGGGGUUGAAGCGACGACGCAAAACAGUCUAUGAGGCAUCCGAAGGAGACCCUUCAAUGCAGCUACAAUGUGAAUUAUCUGGGCAACUCGAGAACUGUGGAUAG